GCAUUAUUGUUGUCUGUCAACAGCAGUGAUCAAAUCUACUUGAGACGCCACAAAGCCCACCUGGUGACCAUAAGGAAACUAAACAUCACGGACUUUGGCUUCUCCUCUGUGGAAGUUGCAGCUGUGUGUGUGAGUGUGUGUGCGCGUGUGUGUGUGUAGGGCUUUUUUUCUGCAGCGUGAUGUCUUCAGAGCUGCUGGUAGAUCUGGGCGAAGACCCAACGACGGCACAGUUGGGACAGCUGAAGCUGACAACGAUAGAGGACCAGCAGUGGCCCGCAGAUGAGACCACUCUCAGCAAGUCAGAGACCGAUAUGUCCCAGCGCUUCGAUGCCGACUCCCCCCACCUGUCCUGGGACCAUCCCUUCUAUGACAUCGCUCGGCAUCAAAUCAUUGAAGUUGCAGGUGAUGAUAACUUUGGCAGGAAGGUGAUAGUGUUUAACGCAUGUAGGAUGCCUCCACAUCACCAACUGGACCAUCACAAGCUGCUGAUGUAUCUUAAAGGAACACUGGAUCAGUAUGUUGAAAGUGAUUACACUCUGAUCUAUUUCCAUCAUGGGCUGACCAGGGAAAACAAACCCUCUCUCAGCUGGCUGCGGGAUGCAUACAGGGAGUUUGACAGAAAGUAUAAGAAGAACAUCAAGGCGUUGUAUAUCGUCCACCCUACCAUGUUCAUCAAGACUCUACUGAUCCUCUUCAAACCACUUAUCAGCCUUAAGUUUGGCAGGAAGAUAAACUACGUGAGUUAUCUGAGUGAGCUGGAGGAUGUGGUGAAGUGUGAGCAGCUGAUCAUUCCUGCCCGGGUCAAAGAGUACGACAACAAGUUGAGAGCGUCUCUGAAAUCAGGCGCUGAGCCCCCCGUGUCUCCUCUUCAUAGCCCCCCCCUCCCCAACCAGGUGUUUGGGGUGCCACUUGCAAUACUCAAACAAAGGAGUCCAGAUGAGGAUCCAGUCCCCGUGGUGAUGAGAGACACCAUCAACUUCCUUUCAGAGCAAGGUUUGGAGAUCGAAGGGAUCUUCAGACGUUCUGCUAACGUGACGUUGGUAAAGGAGACACAGCUCCAGUACAACUCGGGGGCAACAGUGAAUUUCAGAGAGAUGGAAGAUGUCCACUUGGCUGCUGUGAUCCUGAAGACGUUCCUGAGGGAGCUGCCGGAGCCCCUCCUCACCUACCAGCUCUACAACGACAUCGUCAACUUCAGCUCUGUACCCACUGACAGCCAGGUGGAGCAGCUGAAGACCCUGAUGGAGUCUCUGCCAGAGGAGAACAAUGUGUCACUGCGGUACCUCAUCUCAUUCCUGGCCCAGGUGUCAGCCAACAGUGAGGUGAACAAGAUGACCAACAGUAACCUGGCUGUGGUGUUUGGGCCUAACCUGCUCUGGGGGCGGGACAACGCUAUGUCACUCAGUGCCAUUGGGCCAAUCAACAACUUCACCAGAAUCCUGCUGGACCAACAGCACCUGGUCUUCACCUAAACCCCUCCCCCCACCCCCCUCCACCUUCCAUCCUGCAGGCUCUCUUCCAGUCAGUCCAUCAAAACAGUAGACACUCUGAAAAUUCAUUCUGCUCACACCAUUCUCUACAUUCUGAUUAGCAUUGUCUUUAUACAUAGAGCCUCCAUUUCGAUGUGACUCGAGGCACCAACAUGGAUAUAGGAGAAAUAUUAGACUGCAGGCAAAUAACUCUUACAAUAAACGUGUUAUAGCACACACUUCAACUGGCUCACUUUGGUAUGACAGGAAUUUGGAGACGCUGAUUCAACUUCAAAGUGGCGAGUCGUAUAUUCUGCUUCUGCUGUCUGUCAUUCCGCCUCAUGAAGUAACAGUAAUCAUGAACAAACCAAAAACAAGAUUAUAUAGAUAUACAGAAAUAACCACUUUGAAUAAACUCACAGCAGAUAUUAACAGGCGAUAUCCUUCAUUUUGGUCACGAAUAGAAAA